AUGCCUUCCCCUUCCCCUAUACGCUCUUCUCUACAGCGAGUCAUCCCUGAUGAUAACCUCUGGGUACUAGCGAACUACACCAGUUUAUCUGGUGCCGUCAUGUGGUUGCUCGACUUCCUGCAAACCUUUCCCCUCGAGAUGGACGUAGUCUGGUCAAGACCACUGACAAGCAUAUCCAUUAUUUUCAUCGUCAACCGAUAUCUUUUCCUCUUCUACGAAGUCACACAACUGGUCUUUCAGAUGCCCGGAAGAGGCCCAGACUCUAGCUGUGGCACAUUAUUCUACCUCAGCGUUCUGGCCCAAAUGGGAACAGUAGCUCUUACAAGCGUUCUACUUGUGAUCCGAGUGAUUUCCAUCUAUCGCCGGCGCGUUAUGAUUAUCUUCGUGUCGAUGACGCUGGUGUUGAUGAGGCUGAUUAUCAGUCUGAUCGAAAACAUCACCACAGGCGGCAGCUCCACUCAGACUGGACAAUACAAACUAUUUUCCCGCUGCCAGCUUCGCAUAUCCGUGCACACUUCGGACGCCGCUCUAUACGAUCAGCCCUUCGAUCUAUUCGUCUUUGUGUUGACUCUCCACAAAACAUAUCGUCACGGACAAGAGAUGCGAAGAUUUGGCCAAACGAGUAUCGCCGACAUACUUCUCAGAGACGGUUAG